AUGUUUUAUGACGGAGAGGAGGCACUGAUGCGGCAGUACUCCGUCGGCGACGAGAUCGGACGCGGCCGCUUCGGGACGGUCCGCCGCUGCCACUCCAACGCCACGGGGGAGGCGCUGGCCCUGAAGACCACGCCCAAGGCGGCGCUGCAUGACCCGCUCGACCUAGCGCUCGCGGAGCAGGAGCCCAAGCUGCACCUCCUCGCCUCCUCCCCGCCCUGCAGCCCGCACCUGGUCGCACUCCACGCCGCCUUCGACGACGCGAACGCCGUCCACCUCGUCGUCGACCUCUGCACCGGUGGGGACCUCCUCUCGCUCCUCUCCGCCCGCGGCCUCCGCCUCCCCGAGCGUGAGGCCGCCGGGCUGGCCGCGCAGCUCGCGUCCACGCUCGCCGCUUGCCACCGCCGCGUGGUCGCGCACUGCGACGUCAAGCCCGACAACCUCCACUUCGAGCUCAAGCUUGCCGACUUCGGCUCCGCGGAGUGGUUCGGGGACGGGCGGCCCAUGUCGGGCCUCGUCGGCACGCCAUACUACGUGGCGCCCGGGGUGGUCGCCGGGAGGGAGUACGGGGAGAAGGUGGAUGUGUGGAGCGCUGGGGUGGUGCUCUACAUGAUGCUCUCGGGGGCGAUGCCCUUCUACGGCGCCACCGCGCCCGAGAUCUUCGAGGCCGUGCUCCGUGGCAACCUGCGCUUCCCGCUGCGCGCCUUCGCCGGUGUAUCGCCCGAGGCCAAGGACCUGAUGCGCCGCAUGCUUUGCAAGGACGUCUCCCGCAGGCUCUCCGCCGAACAAGCCCUGAGGCAUCCGUGGAUCGCGAGCUGCGGCGGGGAUGCGGUCGCGGGCUGAAGAGAUCGAUGGACCAACAUAAUCUCCACGCGGUCCAUCCUCCUGUAGAUAGAAGAUCUUCU